CUGUUAUCACCGCCGUUUGUUGAGAAAUAGCUUUUAAUAAUCAUAUUCAGGAUUUCUGGGGCUUUUUAAGUGUCUGUCUUUUUUCCCCUUUUUAUUAAUUUUUUUUUUACCUGUGGAAUGGAUUAAACAUGGUUGCAACGAUGGAUUCUUAAUUAAUUCUUACCAAUCUUUGGACAUCUCUGUCUUCUUUGAGUAAUAUUACCGAAGAAAUCAGAUCUGGAACAGUUGAAGAAUUUUUUAGUUGAACUCCGAUGAUUGCCAAGCAACAAACAUGACCGAUAACGAUGCAUCCCCGCAAAAUCUGUGGAAAGAUUUGGAAAAUCAAAACAUACUCCCAGUUGAUGGCGUUUUGAUGAGAUCCUGUGAGCAAGAAUUACAAGAAUUGGUUCAACAUAUCGAUAUUCUUGUUAAGAACCGCGAGACCGACUUGAAACAGCAAGUCAAGAAAGUUUAUAAACAUUUUGAGAAGAAGACAAAGGAAUGUCAGCAACAGAAAAUAACUCUUGAAGAGAAUUCCAAAAAGAUCCUGGCACUGCAGUCCCAGGUUGAAUGGCUCACAGCAGAGAAACAGAAAGCAGAAGAGAUACAUGAGACGCAAGUGACAAAUCUCAAGUCAAAGGCAGCUCUUCUAAGAACCGAACAUGAGCGGCUGCAUAAAACAUUCUUGCGCAAGAUGCACAGCAUGGAGAAACGCAGCAAAUCUGCAGAUGGACAGGACGACGAGAAGAACCAGCGAAUCCAGCAGCUUACAGAAAGGCUAAAGGAAUGUGAGAAGCAAUUGAAAGCUGUCCAAGAGGAAAAAGACAUCCUCCAGGGACAAUUUGAAUCCAUGGAAUCUGAAUGCAAAGUUCUACAAAGGAAACGAGAGAAUUUGGAAGCUGCAAACGAGAGCCUCACAAUGAAUCUUGAAGAAUCCGAGAAACAGCGGCAGGAAGGCGAACACGAAAUUUAUAAAUUUCGGCUUUUGAUUAAGCAGCAGAAUGAUGAUCUGAUUGACUAUGGUAAAUCCGAUGACCUCCUCAAGAGAGCCGUAAUUACGUUGAGGACCGAUCUGCAAACGAAACUGGCCACCAUCACCAACCUGCAGUCCGAACUCGAACAGUACCAAGAAGACCAAGCACAUCAAAUGAAGAACGACUACGAGAUGCUGGAAACUCUACAGAAUGAGAACCAGCAACUUCAUCAAGAUCUGGUCAAGCAUAAAGAAUAUAUGAAAGAGUAUUCUAGUCUGAAAGAACAGUUAGAGUUAUUAAAGGCCGAGAAAGUUGUUUUGGGGAAAAUAAUCUCGGAUCAAACCGAAAAACUGAAGAACCACAAAACCAAAAUGCAGUUGGAGAUUGAUGAAGUGGAAGAGAAUUUUGAUGAGGUUUGGAUGGCACAGGCCAGGGACGUUGACGAGGAAACAGCAAAAGUAGAAUUACAACUGGGAAAUCAACAACAGAACAGACAAGCAAGGGAAGAAUUUUAUCAAGAAACGGAAGACAAAGAAGAACAAGAUGGUGAUGAUGAUGAAGAAGAAGAAGAAUUGGAAGUUGAAGAAGUGGAAGAAGAGAAAGAAAAAGAACAUGACAAAGAAUUAGAAGAAGAGAUGGAGAAGGAGAACAAAAGAGAUGAUGUCGACCUUCGGUUAAGUAAAGAAGUUGGGGACAGAGUCCACCAAUCACUAUCAGCCCUAAACGGUGCCCUAAACUCAACUAGUCAAACAAACCUUCAACAUGUGAUUGAUGCGAUAGGCAUUGAGCCUAAACCGAAUGAUAGUGUGUUCUGCGUCUCCCAGAGCCAGAUCAAGGAAUUCCUACACAAGGAGCAGAUAUAUCGCAAAGACUGGGAGGACAACUUCUCCAAAGAACUCCACCGAAUUUGGCACAACACGGAAGGCGUCAUACAACGAUACAUCAACAGCCUGUAAAUAAUAACCAUGACAACACCGAACGCUGUUAUUUAUGUUGAUUGCAAACGAGAGAGAGAGGAAAUGAAUCAUUAUUUAUUUGCAUGUGUGGGGAGUGGGGUGGGGGGAUUGUGUGUGUGUGUGUGUGCCUGUAACUGUAUGUUUGUAUAUAUACCUGUGAC